AUGAGUAGGGGUGAUGUUGGCCUUGUUUUUAACUUUAUACCUGUAUAUAGAUCUUUCAGCAAACUGUUCCGACCUGGUAAUGAUUUAGAAAGGAAAUCUUGGCCAUCAGGCGCUAAGGAAAACCAUGAGUACCGAGAAGCAUGGGGUAUUACUCGUGACUGCGGUUUUCCAGUAGUUCCGAGUCAGCAUUGGUUAUUUGGAAGUUUAAAUAUUACGAAAUCACAUUCUACUCACUGGAAACUUGGCAAAUUAACCAAAAAGUAUGGCCGCACUUAUGGACUAAUGCAAGGUUCUCAUCCAACAAUCGUUACGUCGGAUCCGGAAAUUAUCUAUCAAAUAUGCUUUAAACAGUUUCAUCUAUUUCAUUCGCGUAUUAUGGAUCCAAGUAGUCCACAUCCAGACACUGCCUAUGAAGUCCACGAAUUUGCGGCACGGGGUGAACGAUGGAAACGAAUUCGAAGCUUGACAUCGAAAGCUGUCUCGAACGAGAAUCUCCGAAAGCUAUUUCAUGUUAUGCAUGAUUCUGUAAAUUGUUUUAUUAUGGAACUCGAAGAAGAAAUCACAGAAUCGAAGGCGUUGGAACUUCAUCCUCGUUUCCAAAGGCUUACCUUCGACAUUAUAUCACGAUGUUGUAUGGGUCGUCCGUAUAGCUGUCAACAGAAUGACUCAAAUCUCAAACUUUUGCUGAAAAAAUUCAGCCCACUGCAAAGUUUCCAUCCUUUUCCUCUACUUACAUGGUGUAUACCAGACUUGAAAUGGAUGUCAUUAACGUACACCAAAUUGUGUCUGCUUUUUCGUACAGUGUUUCAUCUUGAUGUUGACCCAUUAGUUACUUAUACAAACUAUCUUCGCAAAGUCAUCUCAAUGGACUUCAUUGAUCAGGAUCGUUCCAGUUUCUUAUACUUUAUGAAAUGUGUGGAAGAUGACGAAUGGGAUGACUGGGAAGUGGAUGCUGAUAAACCAUGUGAUGUAGCAAACAUAAAAAUCAUCCAGAAAUUGACGCCCGGAGAAAUUAUAAACCAGUGUCGCUUCCUAACAACGGCAGGAUUCGACACGACGGCUAACACCGUAGCUUAUUUAAUAUAUCUGCUGGCCAACAACCCUGAGCAACAGGAAAAGCUGUGCCAGGAAAUUGAAAUGUUAGAUGAAAUUACAUUCGAUAAUGUACAACAUUUGAACUAUCUUCAUUGCGCAAUCAUGGAAACUCUUCGACUUUUCCCACAUGCUUCUCUGUUACAGUCUCGCACUUGUGUCCAACAGUGUAAAAUAGGACCUUACACAUUUAAGAAAGGUGUGGGUGUCAUUUUCGACACUUGGAGCUUACAUUACGAUGACGAAAUAUGGGGCAGCGAUGUCAAAAAAUUCAUACCUGACAGGUUACAAUCUCCACUUAGAAGCUGUGUUUCGAAACUUCCACUUAGAAAGAAAGAAGUUUCUAAAUUGUACCACAAUUCAGAAAAGGAACUGGAUGGCCUUUGGUGCUGGGCCACGCCAAUGUAUUGGGAUGCGCUUUGCGAUGCUGGAAAUUAA